CGCGGCCGCUCUCCCCCGCGCUACACGUGGCCGCCGCCGCCGCCGCCGCCGCCGCCUCACGCGCCUCCCCCGAUUGAAACACAUUGUUUGUACCAGUGCUUUAAGACUAGCAAUAAGAAGUGCCUGUCCGUAGUUGUAACCCUCUGUUCGUGAUAAGUGUACACCCAGUACAAGCGUCAGUACAAGCCUUUUGUAAUCGCUGAUCUUGUAAAAAAAAAUAAAUGCAUAUUAAGAAAUACCCCGGAGAAAAUAAAUGAAAUAAUAACUACCAGGAAAGUAGAGAAAAGGGAAAAGCCAUAACGGAAUAACAAAGGAAGCGAUCCAAUAGGUAGACAAGGACAAAGCAGCAAGGAGAAAAAAGGACGUGAUAUCUCUUUCCUAUUUUUUCCCCCCGUCUUCGGAAGAUCACAUAAAAAGGGAGUCUAGCCGGCCCCGCUUACCCUCGAAGCCUCGCUCCCUCCCUCCCUCCCUUUUGCCCCUCCCCCUUCGUCGUUCAUAAAAAAAAAAAAAGAGAAAAAGAAAAAAAAGAGAGAGAAAAAAAAGUCCGAGUUCUCCAAGCAAAGUGAUAAUUGUAUUUGAUAAUAAGUAAUCGUUCUCCUCGAAGAUUAGAAAAAAGAGAAAUAUUAUCGGUUGCCAAUUAGCGUUCCGAUUCGAGAUCGUGUCCAUUAAUAGCGUCGAGGAGCUUCAUCAUUUCAAGGAAACGCGAUCUCAUCUCAAGGCUGUAGCGGGACGGCCUCCAACCUCCCUAAAGGUAUACACCAAGUGACAGACCAUUCCUCAGAGCUCUCACCAAUUCCUUCCUCCUUAACUCAGUAAGGAUCUUCGUCAAUCCUUACCUCUUAACGCAGCGAGGAUCUUCCUCAUCAAUCCUUCGCUCAUAAAACGCCAAGGCUCCUCCUCAGCCCUCACGGCACGGCCUUCUUCACCGGACCGCAGAAGAAGGCCGGUCGCGGGAACUCAGACAGGAAAGAUCGGGUCCUUUUGUUUCGAGAAGGACAAAGGGCGCGUCCUUGGGAGGAACACUGCGGUGAGUGGAGGAUCCCGAGAGAGAGAGAGAGAGAGAGAGAAGGAGAGAGGGAGACAAGUGCGAUAAAGAAGAAAAGAGAGAGGUCGCUAAAGAAAGAGAAAGAGGAGGAGAAUAAAAACGAUCGGAAUACAAUUACAAUAGAAUAAAGAAGAAAUCCAGGAAAUUACAAAAGCAGAGAGAACGAAAUUAGACUUUAGACCAAAAUAAUAAAAUAAGCUUAAACUACAAAAAAAAAUCCUUAGAAAACGAAAAAAAAAAGAAGAGAACAAUCACAAGAACAACGAAGAACGAGAGAACGAGGAGAACACAACGUCACAGAAACGAGACACACUUAGGAGUCAUCAUGGCAGGAGUUUUGGGCAACUUCAUGCGCCACUCCCGGGCAAGGUCGGAGAUCCAGAGGCGUCGAGAGGUCCUCAAGGCUGAGAGAGAAGCCCGGAGUAAGAGUGGGUCCGUCGACGCCGUUCCCAAGAGCCAAGCAGGCAAGGGCGGCACUGCUCAGAAGAUCGGCACGCCCUCCAAAAACAACAACAACAAGCAGGUGACCAAGCCGUCCGCCCAGAAGACACAGGUCAAGCAGGCGCCCUCCAAGCAGGUCCAGCAGACGAAAGGAACGGGCGGCAAGAAAGGCAAGAAGGGCCACAAGCAUCAGCAGUACGACCUCAUCGUGACCAUCGACCUGGUGGAGUACGGACUGACAGACGACCUCGUGGCUGAGUUCAAGGAAGCCUUCAUGCUCUUCGAUAAGGACGAGGACGGCAUGAUCACGACGGCGGAGCUCGGGGUCGUCAUGCGCUCCCUCGGUCAGCGCCCUUCAGAGACGGAACUACGCAAGCUGGUGGGCGAGGUAGAGACCUGCGCCGACGGCACCAUCGAGUUCAACGAAUUCCUGCAGAUGAUGAGCAAGAAGCUGAAGGACAUCGGGAACGGAGACGAGCUCAAGGAGGCCUUCAAGGUGUUCGACAAGAAGAACUCGGGAUAUCUGUCGUCCACUGAACUCCGCCAUGUCAUGACCAGCAUGGGAGAGAAGAUGUCCGAGCAGGAGGUGGAGGACAUGAUCAAGGAGGCAGCCCCGAACGGCGACGGCCGGGUCAACUACGAAGAGUUCGCCAACAUCAUCGCCAGAAAACACUAAAAAGAAAGGAAAUAAAAGAAAAAAAAAAGACUUGCCAGCCACCACAUCCUGCGUCGUGUAUAUAGGGUUUUGUACUUUUGUAGAAUUAUUUCACCUGAUAUAUUUUGUUAAGACGUCAGACACCCUACUGCCGUGGAAGGGUAACAGUGAGGACUUCCUUCUCCUUGGUGAACCUCGACAUAUCUUGAUUUUCACGCAAAAUGCUUUUACCGAUCUUGAGUCUGAAUUGUUUUGUUGUUGUUGUUUUUUUUCCCUUUCUUUCUUUCUUUUAAGGCUUGCUGUGGAUUUGUUUUCUUUUUCUCUUCUUUGUUUUCUUUCUUCGGUUUUUUUUUUCUCUCUUUCGUAUGGAAAAGUGAGAGUCAAGAUUUUUGUGUGUGAUAUGUCAUAUAUAUUUCGAGUUCCUUUGUUGAUUGGGUCUUUCUCUUUUAUUUCUUGAUCUGCCCAUUCCCCGCUAUUUUGUCUCUCCAA